CGUUAAGCGAAGCUUAUCCUAUUCCGUUCAAAACCAUUUGAAACAUUUGAAAUAUCUGUUUAAAGAGCAGAUACUAAUCAGUUUAUUCACUAUUAUUGGAAGAUUCCUAUUUUUUUGUAGCUAAAAUUGGGUUAAGAUAUCUUAGAUGUGGAUUUCAGGAAAUACUCUGUUUACUGAUUCCACUUAACGAAGAUUGAGAGUUGAACUGCUGGCGCCUGCUUGUGUCUUUGAAUCUUCAGCGUGACAGUUUACCGUCUGUUAGGUAACAACGUGAGCGCAUUAUGUCAGACGUAAAGAAAACUGAUGUUCAGUCAGCUACUCUCAAGAGACCUAAGAAACCAGAAGGUCUCCGCUUGAAGGAAAAGAUUAGACGACGGAAAUUGAUUACAGUGGCUCGCAAAAAGGUGGUACGUCGACAAACUUUUAUGCGGUUAAAACGUCUCAUGAAGCAACGAGCGGAAAAAUACAUGCAUGAGUACCGCAGAAUGGCAAAGCGUGAAAUCACGUUGCAGCGUAAUGCUAAAAAAACGGGAGACUUUUAUGUCCCAGCUGAACCAAAACUCGCAUUUGUCGUGCGAAUCCGGGGUAUUAACGGUGUCCACCCACGCCCAAGAAAGACCAUGCAGCUGUUUCGCCUUCGGCAAAUCAACAACGGGAUGUUUGUGCGAUUAAAUAAGGCAACUCUUAACAUGCUUCGAAUAAUUGACCCAUACGUCGCUUGGGGUUACCCUAGUCUUAAAAUUAUUCGUCAACUCAUUUAUAAACGCGGAUUUUGUAAGUACCAUGGUACACGGCUCCCUUUAACAAAUGAGCUAAUUGAACACAAACUUGGACAUCUUGGUUUAAUAUGCGUUGAGGACCUUGUACAUGAAAUAUAUACAGUUGGACCAAACUUCAAACAUGCUGUUGCUUUUCUAUGGACAUUCAAGUUGAACAAUCCUAGUGGUGGUUUUCGCAAGAAAGGAAAGCACUUUGUCGAAGGUGGUGAUUUUGGCAACCGAGAAACCUACAUAAAUCGAUUACUUAAAGCUAUGAUUUAAAUAAAUAAGUUGCGCUUGGU